UUUCGUGGCGCUCUACAGCAACCGAGCUGCGCGUAAAGUAAGUGCGCACGCAACGCGUGUGUGUCCGUCGCGCGUGCAAACUCGAGCGCGCGAGCCCCUCUCCGCACUCCGUCUUUCUGGGCAGAAACGAGACCACGCCUGAAAAAUGAUGGGCGGAGAAAGAAUGUGACUUUUGCUGGAGGAGGAGGAGGAGAAGAAGCGGCGCGAGAGGCGUCGGACGGGGCAACUUGUUGCUUGUGCUGCUGUGUGGGGACGCACUCAUCUGAUAUCACCAUCAGUCACCAUCUUCAUCACCAUGUCUGGAGUGGCUUCGACUCUGGCCAAGCAGAGGGCUAAGGCCGCCGGCUUCGGCACCAACGCCAACGCGGUGCGCUACCUGAACCAGGACUUCGAGGCGCUGCGCUCCCAGUGCCUGAGCAGGGGGGCGCUCUUCUGCGACCCCACCUUCUCAGCCGCUCCGGAGGCCCUGGGCUUCAGGGAACUGGGUCCGAGCUCGUCCAAGACGCGGGGGGUGCAGUGGAAAAGACCUGGGGAGUUAACCUCCAAUCCCCAGUUCAUCAUUGGAGGCGCCACCAGAACGGAUAUCUGCCAAGGAGCUCUCGGUGACUGCUGGCUCCUGGCCGCUAUUGCUUCGCUCACCCUGAACGAAGAUGUGCUGGCGAGGGUGGUGCCCUCCGGACAGAGCUUCGGUGACGGCUACGCCGGCAUCUUCCACUUCCAGUUCUGGCAGUUCGGGGAGUGGGUGGAUGUGGUGAUCGACGACCGGCUCCCCACCAGGGACGGAGAGCUGCUGUUCGUCCACUCGGCCGAGGGCACCGAGUUCUGGAGCGCCUUGCUGGAGAAGGCCUAUGCCAAGGUGAACGGCUGCUACGAGGCUCUGUCGGGUGGCUCCACCACCGAGGGCUUCGAGGACUUCACCGGCGGCAUCGCAGAGAACUAUGAGCUGAGGAAAGCCCCCUCCAACAUGUUCCAGAUCAUCCAGAAUGCCCUGGAAUGCGGCGCUCUGCUGGGCUGCUCCAUCGACAUUACCAGCGCUGCGGACUCGGAGGCCAUAACCUACCAGAAGCUGGUCAAGGGCCACGCCUAUUCCCUCACAGGGGCUAUAGAGGUGACCUACCGUGGCCGUUUGGAGAAGCUGGUGAGAGUGCGUAACCCCUGGGGGCAGGUGGAGUGGACCGGGGCCUGGAGCGACAACUCUUCCGAGUGGAAUGCAGUUGACCCCUCAGAGCGCCAGAAUGUGAAAGCGGAUGAUGGAGAAUUUUGGAUGUCGUUCGGCGACUUCCAGAGGCAGUACUCCCGCAUUGAGAUCUGCACCCUGACUCCGGACACACUGACCAGUGACAACUACAAGCGCUGGAGCGUGACCAAAUUCGAUGGCAGCUGGAGGAGAGGCUCCACAGCAGGGGGGUGCAGGAACCACCCCUACACGUUCUGGAUGAAUCCGCAGUUCCGGAUCAAGUUGGAGGAGGACGACGACGACCCGGCCGACAAGGAAGUCGGCUGCAGCUUCGUGGUGGGCCUCAUCCAAAAGAACCGGCGUCAGAUGCGGAAGAUGGGAGAGGACAUGCACACCAUCGGCUUUGCCAUCUACGAGGUUCCUCCGCAGUUCCGUGGCCAGACAGAGGUCCACCUGGACAAGAACUACUUCCUGACCCAUGCACAAACAGCCCGUUCAGAGACCUUCAUCAACCAACGGGAGGUCAGCACACGCUUUAAGCUACCCCCCGGGGAGUACCUGAUCGUACCCUCCACCUUCGAGCCCAACAAAAAUGGGGAUUUCUGCCUGCGGGUCUUCUCUGAGAAGCAGUCCGAGGCACAGCCCUGCGAAGACCCAAUAGAAGCAAACUUGGAAGAUGAUACCGUAUCUGAGGAUGAGGUGGAAUCGGGAUUCCGGAACAUGUUUGUGAAACUUGCAGGAGCUGACAUGGAAAUCUCUUGCGCAGAACUUCAAACCAUUUUAAAUAAAAUCGUCAGCAAACGUACCGAUAUAAAAACUGAUGGCUUCAGUCUGGAAACCUGCCGAGUCAUGGUCCACCUCAUGGAUGACAGUGGAAACGGGAAGCUUGGACUUGGAGAGUUUGCCACCCUGUGGAAGAAGAUCCAGAAAUAUCUGAUCAUCUACAAGAAGAACGACUUGGAUCAGUCCGGCACCAUGAGUACCCCAGAGAUGCGUUUAGCUCUUAAGGAAGCCGGCUUCACUCUGUGCAACUCGAUUCAUCAGAUCGUGGUGGCGCGCUAUGGCAAUACAGACAUGACCAUUGACUUCGACGACUUUGUUGGAUGCUGCAUUCGCCUGGAGAUGAUGUUCAGAAUCUUCAAGAGAUUAGACAUUGAUAAAAAGAACUGCAUAGAGCUGGACUUCAAUCAGUGGCUGAUGUUUGCUAUGAUCUAGAAGAGCUCCACACGUGUACUCGGCAGAAACUACAAACCAAAAAGACUUCAUUAUAAAAAUGUUUUAAACGGUAUUAUUACAUUGUUUUAGACUGACUUUGAUUUUAAAUGCAAUAAUGAUGGAUGACAGACAAAUUUUACAGGGUUGGAUCUUGUUGACUUUUUUGGUAUGGAAGGAAUUAUAACAAUAAAUGUCAAUGACUAA